GAACCAUCUCUCCUAGAGCCGACACCACUGUGAUAUCAUCCAGCAACACACCGGGCGUCGCAACCCCUUCUCGCCCAUCCUCGUACGUCGGUCCCAAUCAUGCCCGAAGUCACCAGAGUUGUGCGCGAUACCUAUACCACCAGGAGAGGGGAUCGCGAAGACUAUUCAUCCGACGACGAGCGUUCAGUCUCUGGCCGUUCGCGGCAUGGCGGCGGCAGCGGUUCCUCAUAUCGCACAGUGCACCGGUACCGUGUGACGCCCAGCAGAGUCGAAGAAAUCGAAGACGAUCGCCGCACUACUCGUCUGGAAUUACCUCGAGGGGAGCGCGUCGAGGUCGAUCGUCGAGUCGAACGCUUCUCUGAACCCGAACGCCCGCGCUCCGCUGUCGACUUCCGCCCACGAUCCACCAUCGUCGAGCGAUAUGUUGAGCGCGAGCCGCGUGAACCCGAGCAUGACCACACCAGAACAGUAGUUUAUGACUACGAGCGGGAACGGGAUCGCCCGCGCGAAUCGGAGUAUUGGGACCGCGACCGCGACCGCGACCGUAGACCGUGGGACUCGGAACGGGACGUUAGGGAGACUGAUGUCAGGAUUGAGAAAAGAGAGCGCCGCGAAGAACCAUACGAGGUGGAGAGAUAUCAGAGAGAGACCGAAUACUAUGAUCGCCCUGAACCUACCCCGCAACCCAUCAUCAUCCGUCAACGGGCGCCGGAGCCGCAGAAGAUCAUCGUGCAAGAAGCCGCUCCUCCACCACCUAUUAUCAUCCCUCGUGAAGAGAAGGGCUUCGAGAUUGCCCGCCGUACUGAGGUACAAGAGGUUGCUCGACCAGAGCCUAGAAGAGAUGAUGAGUACUACUAUCGCCGUGAUGUCCGGGAAGUCGGACCCCACAGGAGAGAGGAUGAUAUGGCAAUAGCCGCUUAUGACCGCAGAGGUCGCAGAACGCCCAGUGAUGGUGCAUACAGUGAUGAUGACGUCGUUGUGAAAAAGAAGAUCAUCAGGAGAGAGCGUAGUCGAAGCCAUAGCCCACAUCACAAGAGGCAUCUUGCCGAAGGGGCCCUAGCUGGUGCCGGCGCUGCGGCAAUAUUGGCAAAUCACAGAUCCAAAACGGGAAAUCCAUCAAGACACCGUGCCAGAUCCGUUGUUGGAGGAGCGGCACUUGGCGCCAUCGGUGCAGAAGUCCUUACGAGAGCACGGAGUCGGUAUCGCGAAAGCAGGGAGGAUGGAAGCCGAUCGAGGUCGCGGUCACGGUCACGGUCACGGUCAAAGAGCAGACACCCUGUUAUGAAGACCGCUCUUGGACUGGCUGUUGCCGGUAUUGCUGCUGCUGCCGCUGUCAAAUACGCCCAGAAUCGCAAGGCAGACAGGGAGGAGAUGUCGAGAGGCCGCAGUCGGACUCGCAGUAUCUCAAGGCGUCGUGGGUCUGGUAGCUACUCUUCCGAUUCUGAUCGUGCAGUUAGCAAGAGCCGGCAAUCCUCAAGGCAUCGUGCUGCACAGAUGGCUAAAGCUGGUGUGGCUACCGCAGCAAUAACUGGCGUCGUUGAACAUUUCCGAAACAAGUCGCGCAAGCGUAGUGGAGAGAGAUCUAAAUCACGGAUAAGGACCGGUGCUGAAAUCGCAGGUGCAGGUCUGGCAGGGGCAGCUGUAGCGGGUCUAUACGAGAAUCGCAAGGCAAAGCGUGAGCAAGAAGCAGAGGAAGAACGCUUGAAGAAAGAGAGAAAGGAGGAACGCAGAGCUGCGCGGAGGAGAGACAGGUCGAGAGCCAUGUCGCCAUCUUCAUAUUCUGAUCCCGAAGUCGACCCCGAGCUGGGGAUGGUGCAAUAUGGGGCGGACCCGGUUCACACGCACCAAACGAACGUCUACAAUCCAGCUUAUGGCUACGAUCCUGCUAUGGCUGCCGGCGGUGCUGGUUACGGAGCUACGAGAUCACGAAGCAGGGGUCGCCAUCGAAGAGAUUCCUCAAGUUCAGACGAUGGAGGAGGUCGUUCUCGAAGCAGAAGUCAAGUUAGGAAUAUUGCUGGUGCGGCAGCGGCUACGGGCGCUGCUGCAAUGGGUGUACACGAGUAUAGGAAGAGGAGACAGAGGAAGGAAGCAGAGCGUGAACGUGAGCGAAGACGUAAGGAUUCCUAACCCUAUGCACCCGGUCUCAAUCGGAAUCUAUUCAAAGUUCAUUGAGCAAGAAGGAGAUUCUCAAAGUUGAUCCCCGAAUAAUUCAGAUUGGAGCCAG